GCCUUUUUCUUCUGACCCGGCUGAGACUGUUGAUAAGACGAGACCCCCAGACGCAGAAAGAACUCUCACCUGGCCCGGAGGCUGGAUGCUAAGCAACCACAGCUGCUCUGAAGUCCCUCCAUGAAUCCCCGGAAGAAGGUGGAUUUGAAGCUCAUCAUCAUCGGAGCUCUGGGUGUAGGAAAGACCUCCCUCCUCCACCAGUAUGUGCACAAGACGUUUUAUGAAGAUUACCAGACCACGCUAGGCGCCAGUAUCCUCUCCAAGAUUAUCAUACUGGAUAACACAACUUUGAAGCUACAGAUCUGGGACACAGGUGGACAGGAGCGGUUCCGCUCCAUGGUGUCCACGUUCUACAAAGGCUCUGAUGGCUGCAUCCUGGCUUUUGAUGUCACUGACCUGGAGUCCUUUGAAGCCCUGGAUACCUGGCGGGGGGAUGUCCUGGCCAAAAUCAUUCCAGUGGAGCAGUCCUACCCCAUGGUGGUGCUGGGGAACAAGAUUGAUCUGGACGACCGGCAGGUACCACAGGAGGUAGCCCAAGACUGGUGCAGAGAGAAGAAUAUUCCCUACUUUGAAGUCAGUGCCAAGAAUGACAUCAAUGUGGUACAAGCCUUUGAGAUGUUGGCCAGCCGGGCUCUGUCAAGGUAUCGGGACAUCUUGGAGAACUACCUCACAGACUCCAUCAAGCUCUCCCCAGAGGACCAGUCCAGGAGCAGAUGCUGCUGAUCGUCCAGACUCCCUCUCGACACCGGACACACAGCGCGCCCUGCGCCUGGUCAUCGGCGUCUCCCACCAGCCCCACCACCUGCCGAGGCGCAGCCUGGGCUCGGCCCAGCCUCUAUGGCAGAGCCCCUGAUCCCCGUGUCUGUGCUGGGCCCAGAAUCAGAGGGCAGCCCCUCCCUCGGGCGAGUGAAGUGAGCACAGGGCUGGGUCCUCAGGGGUCCUGAUGAAACUCAGACUGUCAUAGUCAAAGCCUGGCCCGGAGGAGUCACAAUUCCUUGCUGUUUCCAGCUUUCCUGCACUGCCCUCCUCAAACACGCUCCUGCUCCA